UGCGCGUGCGCUCAGCGCGCUUUUACCGCAGUAUCUCUGGAUUAGUGCGCGCGCUGCAGCACUCCGCUCGGUUCUCAAACGGGAAGAACGAGAACAUCCGACCCACCGGGCAGUGAAGACGCGUCGGCUCGCAUCCACCAGCACGAGCCGUUUCACUGCGCUUAUUUAACGCGGUUAUAAAAGCGGCGCGCACCGGAGACAUGGCCAAAGACGACGAGAAGAAGGAAACCGGGGAAUGGAAGGAAUUCUUCUGGAACCCGCGGACGCACGAGCUGCUCGGUAGAACGGCGAGCAGCUGGGGUCUGAUCCUGUUGUUCUAUCUGAUCUUCUACACAUUUCUGGCUGGCAUGUUCUGUCUCACCAUGUAUGUGAUGCUACUGACGCUAGAUGAUUACAAGCCCACUUGGCAGGACCGUCUGGCUACACCAGGUAUGAUGAUUCGGCCGAAAGGUGAUCUUCUAGAAAUCGUGUAUAAUAUGAAGAACACGGAGAGCUGGGACACAUAUGUUCAGGCUCUGGAUAACUUCCUUGCACCUUAUAACGACUCUCAGCAGGUGAUGAAGAACGACGCCUGCGUCCCCGAUGACUACUUCAUCCAGGAGGACAGCGGAGAGGUGCGCAACAACCCCAAACGCUCCUGCCAGUUCAACCGCACCAUGCUGGAAGAAUGUUCCGGACUCAGGGACCACACGUACGGAUACCAGGACGGAAAACCCUGCGUGCUCAUCAAACUCAACCGGGUGAUUGGGCUGAGGCCAGGUGAGAAGGGAAGGUCUCCGUACGUCACCUGUCGAGCAAGGAAGGAAGAUUCAGACAAAAUCGGUCCAAUCACAUACUUCCCUCCAAACGGAUCCUUCAACCUCAUGUACUAUCCCUACUACGGCAAGAGAGCACAGGUGAAUUAUUCUCAGCCCCUGGUGGCUGUGAAGUUCAUGAACAUCACUCUCAACACGGACGUCAAUGUGGAGUGUACGAUCAACUCCAACUCUAACAACACUCAGUUCAAGAUCAGCGAAAGAGACAAGUUCGCCGGCCGCGUGAUCUUCAAGCUGCGCAUCGACACAGAGUAGAGCAACUGCAUCUGCCACACACACACACACACACACACACACACACACACACACACACACACACACACACACAGGAGAUUCAUAUCUCAAAGUGUUCAAUGUAUUCGUCUGUCUCCAUUCUCCUGUCUUCAUGACGGUCUCUGUGUGCAUGUGUGUGUGUGUGUGUGUGUGUGUUUUGAGUACUCUUGACUGUCGUCAUAUCCAGCUGAUAUCGUUCCAAAGUGAAAUCAAGAGAGCAGGAAAAUAUCAUCUCUACAAACAAUCCAGUGAAUCAUCACAAUCACCAAAACCU